CGCGCCCCGACCGCAGUCGGCUUUAAGGCGAAGGCGCUGGAAGGAUCCUGAGGCGGAACGCGGAAAGAAUGCGCAUGCUUGGAGUCUGUACUGCUUCGUUUGGAUCGCUUGGCCUCAUGCGCUUUUUCGGUAUGCCCUGGUCGUGGAGCUUGGCAGCGGCUCUGGGCAUUUACAUCGGCAGUGGCGGCUGGAGAUUUCUCCGGAUCAUCUUUAAGACGGCCUUGCGAGACCUUCUGGGCCUGUCAGUGCUUAUUCAGGUCAAAUAUGAAUUGUACCGUCACCAGAAAUCCAACAGCAACGUCCCCAAGAUCUUCCAGAGUGUGGUCCGCCGACAUCCGGACAAAGUGGCCAUGAUCUACGAGGCCACUGACGACAAAUGGACGUUCCGGCGCCUGGAUGAAUUCUCCAAUGCCGUGGCCAACUUCUUCUCCCAGCAGGGCUUUCUCCCGGGCGAUGUCAUUGCCAUCUUUAUGGAGAGUCGCCCAGAGUUUGUGGGCCUAUGGUUGGGGAUGGCCAAAGUGGGCAUCGAGGCAGCCCUCAUCAACUUCAACUUGCGUCUCGAUUCGCUGCUGUACUGUGUGAAAACGUCAGGAGCAAAAGCCAUCAUCUUCGGCGGGGAGCUGUCAGCAGCGCUCUCCGAAGUGAAUGGCAUGCUGGGGAAAAACAUGAUCAAGUUCUGCUCUGGAGAGAUGAGCCCUGAAUCGGUUCCUGCGGACACCAAGCAUCUGGACCCUCUUCUGGCUCUGGCAUCCAAAUCUCCUCCAGCUCAGGUUCCAGCCAAGGGAUUGGAUGAUCGACUUUUCUACAUCUACACCUCUGGAACAACUGGAAUGCCAAAGGCUGCCAUUGUGGUGCACAGCAGAUAUUACCGAAUAGCAGCUUUCGGAUAUUAUGCUUACAGAAUGACUCCCAACGACAUCAUCUAUAACUGCCUACCACUGUACCACUCAGCAGGGAACAUCAUGGGUGUCGGACAGUGUCUAAUACAUGGCUUGACUGUAGUAAUCAGGAAGAAGUUCUCUGCCAGCCGCUUUUGGGAUGACUGUGUGAAAUACAAGUGCACAAUUAUCCAGUACAUCGGGGAGAUCUGCAGGUAUCUGCUGAACCAACCGGUCCGCGAGGCAGAAAUGCAGCACCAGGUGCGGCUGGCGAUAGGCAACGGCUUGAGGCCCACCAUCUGGGAAGACUUCACCCAGCGCUUCCGAAUCAAACAGAUCGGGGAGUUCUACGGAGCUACAGAAUGUAACUGUAGCAUUGCUAAUCUGGACGGCAAGGUCGGUGCCUGUGGCUUCAAUAGUCGGAUCUUGCCCAAUGUGUACCCUAUUCGCUUGGUGAAAGUAAACGAGGAAACCAUGGAGUUGAUACGGGGUCCAAAUGGACUCUGUAUCACCUGCCGUCCAGGAGAGCCGGGGCUUCUUGUGGGCCGAAUAAACCAGGAGGAUCCCUUGCGCCGGUUUGAUGGCUACGUCAAUGAGAGUGCCACCAACAAGAAGAUCGCCUACAAUGUCUUCAAGAAAGGGGAUCAGGCCUACCUUUCAGGAGAUGUAUUAGUGAUGGAUGAGCUCGGCUACAUGUACUUCAAGGACCGGAGCGGUGACACGUUCCGGUGGCGCGGGGAGAAUGUUUCUACCACGGAGGUUGAGGGGAUCCUGAGCCACAUCCUCAGCAAGACAGAUGUCGCAGUUUACGGGGUGGAAGUACCAGGCGUGGAAGGGAAGGCCGGAAUGGCCGCAAUUGCUGACCCAGAAGCCAAGCUGAACCCCAACGUGCUGUACCAGGAAAUGCAAAAAGUGCUUCCACCUUACGCACGGCCAAUCUUCCUUCGACUUUUGCCUCAGGUCGACACCACAGGCACUUUCAAAAUCCAGAAGACCCGUUUGCAGAGGGAAAGCUACGACCCACACCAGACAUCCGAUCGGUUAUAUUUUUUGGACGUAAAACUCGGCAAGUACCUACCGCUGGAUGAGAGCAUGUUUGAGAGGAUUCGGGCCACCAAGGUGUCUCUGUGAUUUCCUCAGCAAAAAGCCCAUCGCUGGAAAGUUUGCUGUUGGGAGGCCUUGUCUGGAUAGCGAGACAGACUUGGCUAAAAGAAGCAAAGCGUACACUUUGCUCGAGACAUCUGCAGCUAGGACAAAACGAGCCAAGGUGUGGGAGUGGCUCCCCCGUUUUGAAAAGCACAUUAACCUUUUCCUGGGCCAAGACUGUGAUCCUUUUCUACAGUUGUUUUUAGAAUGGGUUUUUCCUUGUUCGUAACCACGGCAUAGAGGGACUUCAUACAAAACAGGAAGAGUCGAUGAACGCCGUUAUUACCUUUAAAGCCCUCGCUGUGAUGGGUAUAACUGAAGCUAGCAACAGACCUGCUCUGUGUCUCAACAAAGUUUCAUUCCUUGGAGGCAGAAGGAUGAUUACUGUUGUUAAAUCAUCCAAUUGUAUUGUAUUUCCACAUCCUUGAUUUACACAUUGUUGACCUUCGUGCUGCGUCACCACUGGGAGAUCCGUUCUUCUGUUUAUACAGGGCUUUAAGGGACUGGCUGGCUGGCGACAUCUUUUCAUCUGGUCUUUUUUUUUUUAAAGAAGGACUCUUUUGGUUAAAUAUUUGAGGGCUAUUGCUAAAAGCAAUAAUGGAUUAGAGGAAAUUGGGCACAGAAAACACCCUCUGCUCCCGAUGACCUGCCUGAAGAAGAUCUCUGUGCUGCUUGGAAGCUUCUGCAUUGUGCGUCUGCCGAAGAGAGAAGCCGUUGGUAUCUUUUGCUUCGUCUGCUUAAGGGCAUGCCGGUGUAAUUGGCAGUUCUUGGCUCAUGGUUGUGACGUUUAAAGUUACUAAGUUGUGAUGAUCUGGAAUUUCAGGAAAAAGGUUCAGUAUUACUAACUAAAGAACACAGGUUUUUUGUGACAUUUGUUCAGUCUUCUAGAUCCAGGUUCCUUUGGGUAGGAAACACGAGACAACUGAUCAAAGGUAAUUUGCAGCAUAAAUGUCUGAUCAGCAUACAAUGUUGACAUUUCUGCUUUUUCUCCCCUGGGUGUAUCAUCUACACGUGGUACAGUAUUUCCAAAAAAAAGAGAAACAGGAGAGCUGUGGAGUAUUAUGAGUGACCAUGUGGUAGGAAGCACUUUAUUUUUUUUUUCCUUUUGCUCGUAAUGGAUGUGGAAGAACUGUACCAUUGAUGUAGUUCCUUUUAGGAGACUGUCUUUUUACAGUAACUUGCUGGAAUUGAGCAGUUCUCUCUGUACCCCCAAACCAUGACAAAGGGGCAGGAUUUGACUUUGAGAAGCCUUUAUUCUCUUCGGCAGAGAAAGAGUUUCGCAGAAGGCAAUUUCAUAAGGACUUCUGCAGGACAAUGCCAUGUUGUUUUACUGAGCACAUCUCGUUCUAGCUGAAUCUUGUUUACGGUUCAGAAACCAAGUGGUGGUGAUCACUCCACCACCGCCGCCCGUUCUUUUCGUUAAAGACCCAGAAAUGUGCCUUUUCAUAACUUCUCAUCAGAACAAGGCAUAGUUGGAAGUUAACAUUUGCAAUAAACUUAGCCGUGUGAUUUUAAUCCUCAGAUAAGAAUAAUGGUGCAAUUCUAAACAGAGUGACUCCGGUCUAAGCCCAUUGACUUCAAUGGCUUUAGACUGGAGUCACUCUGCUUAGGAUUGCACUGAAAGGCACCUACAGCUGACUGAACUGCUGGUGAAAAUGGUUGACCUUGAUAUUUAAAAAAAAUACUAAAAGUUCAUUUAUAGUUUAAAUGAAAAUCAUGCACUGACUAACGCGGUUAUUUGAAGCAAAGUUACAUUUUCAAAUGGGGCCGUUGUUGUCAAAAUAUAACUUUGUUUUGGAAAAUAAAAUUCAAAACUUAAUAAAGACACUUCACAAGAA